AUGCCUUCGCACCACGCCCACGACGACGAGCGCACUGCGCCGCAGCACUACGGCCAGAUCAUUGAGUACAUCCAAGACCGUUUGUACCUGGCCUCGUACACCUCUACUCCCAACGCGCACACUCCGUUUCCCUACCCUUCUAGCUCCAGGGAACGGAGGUCUCCAAGCAAGCGCUCGGCCAAGGCUCAGGCGGGCCCGACCUCGCCGUCCAAGUCGCACCCGCCACCCGUCUACUUCUCCAUCGACCGCAGCCUCCUCUACAACGCCUUCCAUGCCGACUUCGGCCCGCUCCACAUCGGCCAUCUCUACCGCUUCGCUGUCCAGCUUCACGAGGUGUUGGGCGACCCCAACAAUGAGGACAGGCCUGUUGUUUUCUGGAGUUCUGCCGAUUCAAGGAGUCGCGCUAACUCCGCCUGCCUUCUCGCUUGCUACAUGGUCCUAAUCCAGAACUGGCCCCCCCACCUUGCGCUUGCGCCCAUCGCCCAGAUGGACCCCCCGUGCAUGCCCUUCAGAGAUGCAGGCUACAGCCAGGCCGAUUACGUUCUUAACAUCCAGGACGUUGUCUAUGGCGUGUGGAAGGCCAAGGAGGAGGGAAUCUGCAGCCUGAAGGACUUCAGCCUUGAAGAGUACGAGAAGUACGAGCGCGUGGACAUGGGUGAUUUCAACUGGAUCUCGCCCGACUUCCUUGCAUUCGCCUCGCCGCAGUUCGCACCCACUCACGUCAUCCCCCCUUCAUCGCCGAUCUACUCUACCAUUCCGAAGACUGUGGCAGAGCUGCAGCAAGCUAAGAUCCCGACGCCAUUCAAGAAUGUCCUUUCCCAUUUCUCCACCCGCAACAUUGGUCUCGUGGUCCGCCUCAACUCCGAGCUUUACUCUCCUACCUACUUCACCGCCCUUGGCAUCCAGCACCUGGACAUGAUCUUCGACGAUGGCACGUGUCCGCCUCUCAACCUCGUCCGCAACUUCGUCAACCUCGCCCACGAGAUGAUCACGGUCCGCAAGAAGGGCAUCGCCGUGCACUGCAAGGCUGGUCUUGGACGGACUGGCUGCCUGAUCGGAGCCUACCUCAUCUACAGGCAUGGUUUCACCGCCAACGAGAUCAUCGCUUUCAUGCGUUUCAUGCGCCCUGGUAUGGUCGUUGGUCCCCAGCAGCACUGGCUGCACCUGAACCAGGGAACUUUCAGGGAGUGGUGGUUUGAGGACUGCAUGAAGGAGAAGCUUGCUGCUCUGCAGCCGGCGACUCCCACCAAGGGCCUGGCCAGGCAGCGUCUUACCAGCAAUGGCCAGACGCACACGCCUCCCAACGCCAGCCCCAAGCGUUCGGCUUUGGGAGAAAUCUCGUCGAACGAUCAACGCGCGACAUCUAUGUCAGGAAAUGGAGUCAACGAUGAAAAUCUUCCAGCACCUACGCCUGGCCAACCCCGAAAGACAAGCAAGCUUUAUGGCAACGGCAGCGCUAGGCACAAGUCGCCGCGCCGGGUACAUGAGGAGGAGACGUACGUACUUCCGGAUGUGGAGGAUGAAGCUGUCGAGUCGCAACGCAACAUCACGCAAGACGUAGCCGACGAAGAGGAGGAGGCGCAGCUUCGACUGUUGGCCAAGCGCGCUGCUUCAAGGUCACCGAGUUCGAAGUCGCCCAAGUCUGUGGGAAGCAAUACCAAGAGGAGGGCUGUAAGCUGCACUACCACAACAACAACCUCGACGACGACAACCACCUGGAACGGCGGCGAGAGCGACAUCGAGAACCGAUCCAUUCGGCCAAAGACACCGUCGGGAAAGGCUGGUAGUGGCUCCGGCGCGAUCAACGUCGGGAAGACAAGGAGCACUCCGGCGAGGCGUAGCGCUGAGGGCAAGACGGGCGUACGAAAGACCAGCGGCAGAGUCGGCAGUCUGGGCAGCGCGAGGGUCAAAUGA